UUGACAACGCAAGUGUCCAGUUGCUCAGCAGCAGCAGUUCUCUCGCCAUUUCUUCCUUGGCAGGGAAAGUUUUCCCAAGUUGUUAGUAGAUUUUCCUGAACGGCAAAAUUUUACUCAGUUGUAAGAAAUACCGAACAAUUUGUGCAAAAAUAAGGUGAUUUUAAGACAAAGUGAGAGCAGAAUAAAAUUAAAAAAAAAACUUUUGAAAACAAUUUACUUCCUGUGUUGAAAGAUCGGUGAUAGUAUCGGUUUGAACUUUAAGUGGAGUGACAAAAUGAAGAUAUUGCUACUAUUUGUGGUGACCAGUUCAUGGCACAUAUUCGCGGCCACCGGUGCCCCGUUCAAUUCGUACGACACCAUGGACGAAAUGGUGGUCCCCGAGUCAAAAGUGCUCGAUUUCGAUAAUCUGACCGAAAGUGAGCGGGUCGAUUUGAUUCGCAAUCAGAUUAACAUAACGGCGGUCAAACUGCAACAGCAGCUUCUACGGGCCGCCGCUCAGAAGAGCAUGCAACGGGUUGGGGCACCGAUGGCCAUCAAGCAGAAUACGGCAGACUCCAACAUCUCUAGCCACGUGCAGAAUCGCAAGGUCAUUGAAAAGCACAUAAUCGGCAACAUCAAGCAUAGCAUCGAGUCCAGCUUGAUGCGAAACGAUUCCGUUGGCCAGGUGGGUCCCACUCAUGAAAUGGCAUUUUCCGCAGUAUGUGACCUGCCGAAGCACACCAACCAGAGCUACUGGGAUGACGAUUAUACCUGGAAUCUGUUCUUUCGUCUUACCCAUAGUAAGCCUUACACUUCGGUCAGUUCGGCAAUUUUGAGGUUGUACAUGACCGGUGCCGGUAAUGCGACGGAAGGCUGGAAUCGACGUGACUCCGACAACUGCAAGGACCCAGCCGAGCAGAUGAUUCGAGUCACCGCGUCUGUGUACUGGCGUAAGAAGAGCAAAGAUAAUUUGUCCUCAGAGCGCAAGAAGCGAAUCUGCAGCAGUAUCACGAUCACCCGCAACUUCCGUGGCUGGAUCACGCUCGAUACCCUGCUGGCGGUUAAGCUGUGGGAUAAACCGAACCGUAAUUUUGGCAUCGCAAUCGACGUUCAGGAUCAAGAUGACAAUCCUCUGCAGGCGUCACGGUUUUUCUCACCUACCGAAUGCUCCGAGGCAAGUAAAUCAAACGCAACAGCAACCGUACUUCCAUGGAAUUUUUUCCGAAGCUCACUCUCAUGGACCUCUCAUGAAAUGGACGAUGUGCCACACGUCCCACGCAUAGACGUCGCAAUCCACAAGACCUUCCCGCAGCAUCACUACUUCACCAGUCACCACAACCCGCACCCGCAUCAUCGUUUGUUCCGCCCGAAGCACCACUACGGGGGCAACUACAACGUCCGCUACCGGCUGGAUGGAUUGGCGUCGGCCGCGUCCUCAGCGUCAGCGUCGUCCACCGGCGGUAACUCGUACGAAACGGAAGAGGUCGAAAUCAAGCAGCACCCGUCGGUUCACGCGCACCACUCGCUGACCAAACCGCACAAGAAACGUCACCUGACUCACCACCGUCACGUCACAGCUGCGCUCAACUCGGCGGAAAGUGAAGAGGAUUACUCGGCGUCCGCUUCGCUGGAGGAACGGAAACUCUGAUUCGUUGCAAGUUGAAAGCUGAACACACGUGAGUGAUCACUUGAAUCUCCCCAUCACCCCACCACCACCGCCGCGGUGUGCCGGUUAGUUUAUAGUUGCAGUUUAGUAGCAGUAGCGAUAGUAUUAGGAAGGUUGGUAUUACUUUUUGGUUCGAUUACCUGUUUUUUUUUUUUUUUUUGUAUUUUGUACGUGAGUGUGGCGUGUGUGAACGAACCGAUUGGAUGCGCACCGUUAAUGGCUGUUGCUGAGGAUGACUAAUGGUGGUGGCCAAGGGAAAGUGCCGAUGAUUCACAACACUUGGGCCAUACGAAAUUGCUGGUUGGGAAAAUCUACCUUAGGAUAAAAUUUUAUCGAAUUUAUUCCUGACCAACUGGAAUGCUCACUUUUAAAAGUGUCAGACGAUUAUUUGGGUAGUUGAUAAAAAGAUUUUUUUUCAUUUUGAACUCAAUUGUCUAGAAUGUAGAUAAAGGAUGGAAACCCUCACCUCCACUAUAUUUGGGCAAGAGCGGGUCCUACACUAUUUUCGAGUGAUAUCAUCAAUCUCAAGUAACAUUAUUUCGGUCUCGUUUGACCAAAUGACCUUUUUCUAAUCAUCAGUUCCAUGAUAUGUGAUUUCGUACCCUGUUCAUCCGUUUCAUGAUAUUUUUCGCCGAAAAACCAGGGCUUCUUGAGAGCUACUCUACUCCUAAGACCUUGUUAAUGAAGACGAUUUCGCACUAUUUAAAGUGUCAUAUGGAGGAAAAACUCACUUCCAGUUUGUGUUGCUUUUUUCGGGGCUGAUAAACUUUGAUCUUUCGGAUAGCGCUGUCAAUCCGGGAACUUCCGGUGAAAAACAUCACCUUUUUUUAAAUUUCUGUACAAGCUUUGCAACCGUAUAUUUGCGUUGUUGGGCGACUUCUGCAAUUUGACGGUAUCUUUCGUCGGACUCGUGAUGCUGUAUUAUCAGUUUUAUGAUAUUGAGCGAAAUUCGUUCGUUUAUUUGGUGUUUUGAAACAAAAUGACCAAAUUUUGAUCACGUUAAAACAAUGAAACUACGCUGUAUCACAUUGAAUGCAAUGUAUACAUUUGACAUAAUGACAGAAACGGUUUGAUAUACAGUAAAAUGAUAUCAAGCAUUUUUUCGUGUAUAAACAAGUUUUGCAUGUUUUUUACGUUGUUUAUAUCAUUCCUCUUCAAAGGCAUGGUAUUCUCCAGAACAAGAGAUGGGAAAAUGAUUUGACUCUGGAAGUAAGUUUACAUGCUUAAACUUGGUAAAAACGUUGCUUUUUUACUCAUAAUUUUCCAAAUUAUUUUAAACAGUAUGUAAGAGGUAACAUAGAAAACAAAGAAGCGCGCUUUAAAAAAAUACGAAUUUCAAAAUGCGUUUUUGACGAAUUCAUUACUGUUCCUCAAUUAUUUGGUACCAAACUGCAGAAAAAUAUUUGAAAUGUAAACUUAAUAGAUUUCCAAAAAUAUUUGUGGGAUUUAUGGCAUUUUUUCUAUUUUUAUUUUGCCCUGUACAGAAUGAAUUUUCAAUUUUUGUAUGCAAAAGAACUGAAGUUUGGCACUGCAACCUUUAGCGCAGAACCUGUAAUCCCGGCUCUCGUACUAUUAUACAUUUUUAUCCUAUAUAGAAGAUUAUCGAUCCUAGUAGAGUAAUUGGUUCCCCUGAUUGCCAUAUUUGACGAUCUGUUUCAGUCACUUACAGGCAGAUUAGUUUCGAAAACUUUCGGUAUAGGUUAUGUUUACAUUUAAUUAAACUAUACUUUUAUACCGUACGCAGAUACGUAUUUCGGUUGCUACAUACAACCAUUAUCAGUGCUUGUGUGGUCUGCCGGGUAUUCAAUCUUUUGUAGUAGAUUUAAAUAGAAACACAACCUAUUCUCAAUAUUCAAUUCCAUUCUACUAAGAUGCUCAAUAAGUAAUUUAUUUGACUUUCAGUAUACUUGAAUGUCUAAUCAGAUUACCUUAUGGAUAGUAGUAUUUUAUAGCCUACGAGCACUCUUCACAACUUCCAUCUUUAUAUAUCGGUUUAAUGGAAGCAUAUUAAAUCCAGUGGAUCAUCGCAGAUUUUCAGGUCUAAUUCCUAUUCCAUUCCGAACGUUUUCUUGUUCGCCUAGAAAGCUUUCGAAGCUUUCCUUAUCACGUAAUCUAGAUGUGAGCUCCAAUUUAGUUUUUCAUCUGGUAUAACUCCAAUAUAUUCAACUUCAGACGAAUAUUAUACUUCGGAUCCAUUCAAUUUAGGGCUUUGAAUGUCUUUCAUUCCUGCGAGAGUAUGUAAUCAUAAGUGUCCUGUAAGGCUUUAUGUAAAACCCUUCAUUUUGGCACCAUUGUAAAAUACAUUUUAGUGCAGAUUGCAUUCUGUCUUUAAUUGCGUUGUCGAAUUUUACACAUCCAAAGCUGAUGACUUCGAAACCAUCAGCUGUUAAUUGAUUGAGGAGAUCAUUCACAAUAAGUGAACAUGACCACAGUAAAUCAGACAGCACUCCACCUUGAGGAAUCUUUUUGUGGUUUUCACUAUUAUUAAUAAGCAUCCCAAUUCUGCGGAUACCUUUCUUUUGUUCAGCAGCAGGCCCCAUUCAACUGUAUAUUUUGUGAAAUAGUAUUAGAUAUGUUCGAACCCGUUCCUGCAAUCCUUGUUGGCCUACAGGCCUCUACUUCUGUUUUCUCCCUAUCAUCACAAGAUACUUAUUUCGACCCGGGAAAGAGAUUUUGUAUCAUUAUUUGAAGAAUUUGUAGACAAUGGUAACCCUUUUUUUCGUUCUGGCUGAAACUUUGCACAAGGUUCAUAUUAGAGAUACCUACUCAAGAAGAGAGAGAGAGAGACGAUGAAAAAACGCCAAACGAUCUCUCUCAAAACGCAAUGUUGACUAACUUUUUCAUUCGACUCGUGAAAUCGGUGGUGACGAUGGAAGUCCUGAGAAAUAAUAAAAUGCAUCACAAAAACCGUCAAGGUGAUAAAUUUUAUGUGUAUGCCUAAUUUUAUACACUUACACCAUAAUUGAUCAUUAUUUUGUUGACCACACAGAAGAUGUGUGAACCUCCGGUUAAAAAUCAUUCAUUGUUUAAUUUCAUUUCAAGUUCAUUUUUUAAGUUUUUUAAUAAAAACUACAACAGGUCGUCUAAACAUUUAUGGCUGUCCGGUCAUGGAGAAAUGAAAAAAAGUAAAGGAAAACCUUGGUUAACGAUUGGUAUGAUAUCUUUGGCAAAUUUGUGAACAGACAGGAGAAAAUGAUCCUACCGGAAAAAUUGUACACUUUGAGACAUUGAAAAAAUUUAAGAAAAAACGCAAAACUAUGAUUUUAAAUAAAUUUUUUUGAAAAACUUCCUUUUCAAAAGUUUGAGCUUUACGAAAUGUCAGCUAAACAUGAAUAGUUGUUUUGAUCUUGGAGAAAAUAGAUCUAAACAUUUUUUUUAACAUUGUAUACUCUUUUUGUAGGAAAAUCUAUGACACCCUUAGUCUAUUGCAACUUCCGCAGCAUUUGUAUAAAGAACUUGCACGCAAGUGAAAAUAAUUGGAAGCUACGUGUUCAAUCAAAGAACACAUUUGCAUCGAAUAUUGCGAGCGAGUGAAAAAUUUCAUGCUUGCGAUCAUCUGUGCAAUGUUUCAGCCAAAUCAAAAUGACGAUUGAAAAAAAAUUGGGGUGUUUUUAAUAAAAUUUCUCAGUAUUGAACUAAAUAAUGUCCGACAAAAUAGAAAAAUAUUAUUGGCAAUCUGCGUCGAAGUUGACCUAAUAUAAUAACAAAAAUCAUAAUGUUUACAAUUACUCAAACAUAAUCUUGGAUGAUUACUGGUGAACUGGAGAUCAGAGUAGGAUAGUAGCAACGUAGAGUAACACACCUUUAUCGAGACUAGUGAAAAUGAUCUGGUUAGCUGGGCACCCAAAGGAAAGAGUAGAUAACAGAUAGAACCGGAAUGGCCGAAGAUAGGACAGUGGGGAGAAGCAAAAGCCGCGAUAGAGCAGGCAAAAACUCGAGGAGCCAUGAACGAAGCCCAUCAACAGUAUUCGACUCUGGAGUUAAAUAGCCUUGUAGACGGACCAAGCCAGCCUGGGCGGACUCCUUGGCUGAUAAAGAAAAAGAGCGACAGCAAUGCCUGAGGUGAGCUAGGAUGAAAACAAAAAUGCUUGUGAAGGACACGACCGGCUGCUAAUCGACCCCACUGACCAAUUGACAAUUUCUUCACGUUUCGGUAGCUGGCCAGGAUUUCGUGCCGGAUGAUCCUGGAUGAUGUUUCUUAUUGUUAGGCUCUGCAUUAUCCUGGAGCAGGUCAAUGAAUUCCAAGAGUCCAAGAAAGGUUUUUAUAACAAAAAACCUUUUGACCGACUUAACCACGACAAUCUGUGGAGCACCCAGAGAUGCAAAAGAGACCUAGAUAAAAUCGCCAACCCCAUCGAAACAGAUUACGAGGCUGUCACAUGCAGAGUCGUCCAUAACUGAGCCUUUUGUUCGAUCCUAUUCGGGUAGUCGCCGGUGUGAGGUAAGGAUGUAUAUUAUCACCGCUACUGUUCCUCAUCAUUAUCGAUAAGAUCAUGGUAGGUGCAAUUGACCGCGUUCCGAAUCGUGGGCUACUCUGGCAGCCUAUCACCAUGGAGCACCUCAAAGACUUCGAUUUAACUGAUGGCGUUGCAUUACUAGCAAAACAGCACUCUGACAUGCAGAGUAAGCUCGGCGACAUGGCUGUACGCUCCACAACAUCAGCGACAACAAAACCAAACCGUUGGAUGUAAACGUGGACAAUCCUUCCAACUCUACAGUAGCAGGGAAAUUAGUGGAGAAAGUCGAAAGCUUCCAAUAUCUCGGUAGCCAAGUGCGACAUAAGUGCAACGAUCGUGAACGCUAGGGCUGAUUUUGCGACUAUAGGAAACAUAUGAAGAUCUAACCAGGCUAAUUUGCGCAUCGAAACUCGAAUUUUCGAUUCGAAAUCUGUGCUACUAUACGACAGCGAGAAGAGGUGUGUUUCAGUUUCAGCUGCAGGUCUUCAUCAACCAUAUAUAAUUCAUGCCUAGUAGUCCCACAACUGGAUCUCAAAUGCCGAACUCUAUAACUGGUGCCAUCAGGAUUCGAUAGUAACAGAAAUUCGGGAACAAACAACACACUUCGAGAAGCGAAAACAAUUUCUGAAAGCAAGUGCUGAAUUGAAAUCCAGCAGAACAUCUAAAAAGAGGUAGACCCGUGGCGACGCAGCCUCAACAAGGAAAUCAAAGAAGUCGGUAACAAUCUGACCUGGGCUCAAGGCUAAGCUAGUAGCCGCUCAGAAUGGAAAACUUCAUUUCGAGGCAUUCUUUAUAAACAAACAAAAGGAGCACUCAUGGGAAAUCCACUUACGCAUUUUAUGACAACCCCAAGAAAGAAAAAACGUUAAAAGAGGACAACUUUUUUCGAAGUAAAACUCUGCCUUUAACCGCAGGGUCCCGGGUACCUUUCCAGACUUUAUUGCUUCAAAAAACAAGGAUAACCUCAACUCAGCCAGCUGAAACUUAUGAAAUGCUCUUAGCUAGUGGAAAUAAACCAUUUUCCAUCAUCAGACUGUUCAUAGCAGGAGGGGGGGGGGGGGAGUCAAACGGAAAGGCUUCGAAUUUUUUUACCCCAUAAGAACUCCGCAGGGUACCCGGGACCCACAAAAUGAAAUGCUUCUUGCUUUUUUGUCGAAAGAUUGAACAUAAACCAGUGACCACAACUGGUUCCUGUAAAUCCGGAUAUUCAGGAGCAUGUUCCGGUGAAACAAAUUUGCACAAUUUUCUAUUGAACUGACUAGCAUUGAUAUCAAAGUUCAUGAAAUCACUCUAGGAGUUGAUUUUCAUUCAUUUUGAGUCCAUCUGAUGAGUUGUCCGAAAUGGCCAUUUCGGGACAGAUUUCCGAUCUUGAACAUGGUUCCGAAGAUUCGGAUUCACAGGAACCAUAUGGGAACUAAUGGCUCUCUAGGUCCCGUAUAAAAAAUAGACGAAUUUUCCAAUCUUUUGACAGGUCAAGAUGGAAAAUCGGUCAAGCAUUUCAUUUUAGUAUGUACCCGGGUACCCUGCCGAGUACUUGCGUGUGUUAAAGUUGCCGAGUUCAUAACGGUUAAGCUGCACCAUUUUGGUGAACAGACGCGCGAAGUAUGGUUUUCGCGCCUAUGUUCACGUCGCACCUUCUCACUAAGCUAUUGUCGGAUGACAAAAUGCCAAGGCAACAUCAACCAGUUGUGUCCAUGUUUCAGCUGGCAGUCCAAUGUGAUCGUAUGACUCAGUGACAGGUGUGCAAUAGUAACUUUGAAGGGUCGGACCUAAUUUGAUACUCCCUCCAGCAUUUGAAGGCCCUUCUUCUAUUCUGUAGUUUGCAAUGAUUGCAUUUGCAAUGAUAAAAAAUCAUUAAUAAGCAAACAAACGGAGCACUCAUGGGAAACACACUUAAGCUUUUUUAAUGGAAAGAUCACAGGAAAAAAACGUUGGAAGAUGUGAAAAUCUUCUUUUAAGUACAACUUGGCCUUUAAGAAAAAUCUUCCAUAGGAGUAAAACUAAAAUCUGAAUACUUCCAACAAAAUUUUUAACAAUUCUGAAUUCCAAUGAUUAUAAUUCGUUCGAUUUUCAAUUGAUCUUCUUCGUUCUUCCAGCAAUCGAUUGGAAAAUAAGCAAUACAUAAAUUGACGAAAUUCCACCGAUUAUGAGUGUAUUCAGAACCGGAAUGAUGCUUAGAAGCCAUUUUGAAAUCCAACAUGGCGGUUUUUGGUUUCUGGAGACCAGUUUAAAUACCAUUCAAUUUGCGUAUUUCCGGAGCCGGGAUAAUGCACGACAAGCAAUUUUGGUAAAAAUGGUAUCAUUUUUCUACAAUUAUAACCUGGAUUUCUGAAACAACUGGGUUCGAAUUACUAUGCCAUGAUCACUUUCUUGAGAAAUGUAGGCAAAAAUGGUGGUACAGAAACAAAAGCUUGAAAAAUUUGAAAUUUUUAUUUUUCGAAAUAACGUGGAUUCCAACUUUUUGAUGAGUUCCUUAAUAAUAAUUUUUUAUAUCCGGGUUUUCAAUUAUAUUAUUCUCAACGAUCGAAAAAUUAAGUAAUCCUUAAGCCAGCCCUGCUUUCAGCCACAGAUGUUUUGAUGCUUUAGACGAUACCUUCCAGCGCCAGUUUAAAUUUCACUAUCACUUGUUAGCAUUCCUCAGCGUCAGCCAAUCGAUCAGGAUACCGAACAGACUACGUGAAUGAACCCUCAUAUCUACUGUCCCACUGGGUAUUAUAUGUUUUAGCAGACAUCAAAAACACAAACAUGAAAGGGUUGGUAUUUUGAUAUGUCGAUUUCAAUCCUACGGCGUCGUCUACAGUUACUCGCUUACUUUGUAACCAACCAGUAAUACGAACAGUAAAAAAUUAGCGUAGCCGUACGGUUAGCAUGUAGUUUGAUUGUGUGGACGGACUUUUGUCGGAGUGCGAUGAGACAAGUGUGAACGCGACCCCCCUCGAGAGAGCAUACAUAUUAAAACGAAGAACAGUAAUAAUAGGUUUAGAGUUCCUGAAAUCCAUAGAAUGUACUUAACCGGUUAACGGAUAGCGGUAUCGAACAGCAUUUGUCGCAGAUUGGGAAACAAAAAACACAAACGCUUAGAUUACUCCUCGUUAUUAGAGAGUCCCGCUAAGGUAAGAUUAUUAGGGUAUAUUCGGCUACGCGAUGACGCGCGGUCAGCCUGAUCUUUUGAGACAGAUUUAUUUAUUUUUCUUGAAGAAACUGAUUUUCAACUAAGUUAAGUUAGCAUUAGCAUUUGGCAGUAGGUAGUGUAGGACGCGCAAGUAUGAGCUUUAAACCUGUAGAUCUUAAGAUAAUACGAAAGAUGCAAUUUUUGUAUAUAAAGGAAAACACAAGCGCAAGCAUGCAGAAACAUUUUCUCGCUUAGUUUAUAGGUUAUUUAUUACUUUACGUCAGUUUAGGUUGUUGUGUUUUCACGAGGAACGCAUUUCCAUGACAUUCAGCAACACGACUAAACAGUAAGCAAACACACGUCAUUGAUUUGUAAAUAGUUGAUUUGUAAGUUUGAUCUUAGCUCUAAGUGUAUCGCUCCGCGUGAGGGCUGUUCUUGGUAGUCUACCGUAUUGUGACAGUAAGAUGUGAAUUAUUCUCCAAUAUACUCGUAAGCGUUGUGUCUAGCGUGUAAGCAAGUCGAUAAUAAAACUUUCAU